AUGACACCCAGGAAGGACCAUGCCAUCUUGUCCAGGAAGGACCAUGCCAUCUUGUCCAGGAAGGACCAUGCCAUCCUGCCCGGGAAGGACCAUGCCUUCCUCAUGCUGAAGGAACGUGACAUCGUCGCCGACCCGAGCACCUUCUCGGAAUCCUCGACGGAGGUGGAAUCCACCGUGUCCCACUUCGGUAAGGAUCCCCGGAGCCCCCCCGACCCGUUCCCCGUCGAGGAUCACCCCCGUUGGGCACGCGUGCCGGCAGGCUCGAGCCCCGCGGUCGGACCCGAGACGUGCGCCGGCUGCGGCUGCCGGAUCGAGGACCGGUUCUACCUGCACACCGUCGACCGGUCGUGGCACACCGCCUGCCUCAAGUGCUACGCGUGCGGCACGUACCUCGAGGGCGACGCCACCUGCUUCGCCCGGAUGAACAGGGUCUACUGCAAGGAGGACUAUUACAGGAUUUUUUCCGGUCGGCGUUGCAACGGGUGCGGUGGCGGGAUCGGAUCCCGGGACCUGGUCAUGAGGGCCAGGGACCUCAUCUACCAUCCCCGCUGCUUCACGUGUUUCACGUGCCGACGGCUCCUCGUCCCUGGGGACGUCAUGGGGAUCCGGGGCGGGAACGUGUACUGCCGCCCUCACUUCGACCUGGCUCCCCCCCUGCCCCUCGUGGAUCCCUUCGACGCCUCGGGGGACCCCUGCACCGAUCCCGCGGGUUACGCCCUGGCACAGGGCCACAGCCCCCCUCUCCCCCUCUUCCCGUCUCAGCCCCCGCAAAAGGGGAGACCCAGGAAAAGGAAGGCCCCUUGCUCCGACAUGGACCCUCUUGCGACUCAUCGCAGCCUCGGCAAGUUCUUCCUGCAGCUGACUCGGACCUCGUCCAACUAUGAGUCGUGA